AUGUAAUAAUCUGAUCGAGGAAUUGUUCAAACAGAGAGAUAAUCUUAUAAAUAAUUACCAUUAAUCACUAAAUGUAGACAAUCAAUAAAAAGCAUUAUGUCAGAUGCAGAAAUGUUAAAAAAAUCUGUAAGUUUUGAAAUUAUCUAUUAAAGUCAGUUAAUAAUGAUCGAUGUUUAAAACCUCUAGGUUAACAAAUAUUAAGAAAGGAAUUAAAGAUUCACUCUUCAAUUAUAGAAUUUAAACAGAACUUUAAAAAUAUGUUGACUAAUUCGAAAUAUGGUUUACAAUAUAUGAAAAGAAGAGUUUUUCCUAAACUAUAACCACUUUGAUUAAAUAUUA